GGUUUUUAACUCUACAGUUAAGAUUAUUAACCUUAUAUGGUUUCAUGUUGGCAUUGUUUAGCAUUCGGCUGAUAAGAAAGAAAUGUUUCAAAACUAGGCCGACCGAUAACCGUAGAAAUUGGACAAUGGUAAAAUGGCAAGUCCUGUGGUAUCUAAUUGGGUUACACUGCUCUCUAAUCCAUGCUGCUCUACCCCCUGACUGUGUUCCACUUGAGGAACACCCUCUCGACACAGCUGAUCCGGGUUCUAUCUUUGGGGAGACCAGUGAGGUCGGCAGCAAGGCUUCUCCCCACAGGACUGGAAACCUCCGCCAACGUGGAGCCAUUCCGACCCACCACUUUGCUGCCAAUGAAAUUAAAAGUGCUGAACCCGUUCCCAUGAGGUUGUUUCCGUAUGAAGCAAUCAUGACGUCAUCGGGCAUUGUGUAUGAUGCCUACACAAUGGACAGAUGGACGGAUCCAGAGAGAACAGAUUUGAUGAUGCAGCAGUCCGCCUGGAAAUCCGGCGAACCUUGGAACAAACUGACAGACAUGGGAACAAACAUGCGACAAGUGGUCAGUGGACCUGAUGGGAAUCCCGGAGGGGUGUUUUCUGGAAAGUCUGGUGUACAAGUUGGAAUUUCUGGAAGUUCUGAUCCUGUCAUGACAGACUUUGGAGAUUUGUAUGCUAAUUUUGAGUACCAUGGUAAUGGAGGGAAAAUGGAGGUGCCCUUGGUACGUGGAUCUGCAUUGUUAACUCAUCUCUUCACGAAUGCCAAUCCUGUCGUCAAACCAUUCUGUCUGGCUGACAUAUCUGGUCACCACGUCAAUUUCAACUGUCCAUUGGAAAGAACAAUAUUGGAUGCUGGAAGUGGACACGCGAGCGCCACUUGUUCUGGAGGAGUUUUGCAUCUUAGACUACAGAAUACCAAACGAAUCAGGGAUGUCACAAAGAUCCAGUAUGCUGCUCGUCCAAAGACGCGAUGGGCUGCAGGAGAUCAUCCAAUGUCCAGCUGUGACGUCAACAAAUGUCGACUCACUGAUGGCGGGAAAACUCUUGAGGUGGACGUUCCUAACGCUCAUGGAACUAUGGCGUUCGCUUUUAACUACAUUGGUCACUACGUCACGCCUUGGGAUUGGAUAAAUCAUCCAGAGGAGGUCACGUGUCACGGACGGCGCAGCGAGAAGCGUGCCCCUAAUGAUAUAACACUACAUGCUUCCUGUGACUCCAACCUGAACUUGGAGAUUGGAGUCUAUGUCGGUCACCAUCACAUCUAUGGCGUGGACAAGAUCCAGUACGCAGUGGAGCCAGAGAACACAUGGGGUAAUCCCCCACCCAUGCACACCUGUAACCCCACCGUCUGCACUCGUGUUGGAAACACCAUCUACGUCCGAAUACAUGCACCUGCUCAACAUCUUAAGCUUGCAGUAAAUGUGAUCGGUUAUGUAACGCUUCCGGCUUUCUGGAUAAGUCAUCCAUACAAAAUGGUCUGCGGGGGGCCAGAUAUUGGGUCAUCAGUGACAGGUGGACAUCCAGUGACCCCGGCACCAACAAUCCACACUUUUCCCACAUCCCAAACUCAGCCAACGCAGACUCAGCAACCACAAACACAGCCACCACCAUCAAUUCGAACAACUGCUUCAUCUCGACCUAUCACUCAAGGUUCGAAGUUCAUCCUGGAACUGAAUGAACCCGGCGAUGAGUUGCCAAAUCAGACAAGAAAGUUCCUGCUUUACUUCCAAAGCAUAGUGGUUCCUCACAUUAACGACGCUGACAACACUAUAACCUUUACCCCUCAAAAUGGUGGCACCUACUCAGGAUUCAUGCAGCUGGCAUACCUUGGUGCUGGGUUGAGGGGAGAUCACUCCAAUGAUACUGUUCUAGACAAGCACUUGGGCGUGUAUUCUUAUAAACCCAAGGCGUCCUACUGUGUGCAGAACAAUCGAGCCUACGCCAGUUUUGACUGGAAUCCAAACAACCAGUACCCGUACCAAUCGUCAGGAUCACUCCUUAUGAUAACCAUGCCUCAUCAUGCCUACAUAUUGAAGGAUCAGUUUGCAGCUAACCUAAAAUCGACAGUGUACACGUUUAAAGGCUAUGAAGGUCCUAGCUGGUUGUUGGAUAUGGAGGCUCCCCGGGCCGCCAUGGAACCAGAUCCUGUUGGAGUCCAAGCCAUAAAAGCUAACUCCCAGCAUCUACAGGACAUUUUGCAAGCGAUCGAGAGGGACGCUUCACAGGCCAACCUUGAGGCUUACUGUUCCUUCUCAGACAGUUAUGGUGUGGGUAAAGGCAUAGGAAUGCACGCUAGAUUGGCCAGUAUAUCUCGAGCGUUUGGAACAUCUCAUUACCAGGCUCUUGACGGGAAAAUCCGACAUUGUUUAGAAAAAUGGCUGCGAAUUGAUGACACACUUCCGGAGAGGAAUAGGUUCCACUACGACACGGUGUGGGGCGGGCUCUUCCUGAGGGGAGAGGACGGGGAGGCCCACUUCUACACAGACUUUGGGUUCCCCUUCUACAACGACCACCAUUUCCAUCUCGGCUACUUCCUGUACGCUUUGGCUUACUACGUGAGGCACGACACGGCAUGGGCUCAGCAACAUCGGCAGAGAAUAUACGCCCUGGCACGAGAUGUCGGGAACCCUAGCUACAAGGACAAGUUCUUCCCCGUGGUUCGUCACAAGGACAUCUACAUGGGUAUAUCCUGGGCCUCGGGGGUUGUCCCGGGGGAGAGACAGGAGGAGUCAUCAUCUGAGUCGUUAAACUGUUACCAUGGUCUGGCUGCCCUGGGAGACGCGCUAAACGAUCCCAUUUUACGAGGAACGGGCCAAGUGAUGCUUGCUCUGGAGAUCGCCUCCGUGAGAGAAUACUACCACGUGCGUGACCACAACUUUAACCAGUUCCCGCCAAUUCUACAGAAGUUUGGGGCGGUGGGACAGAUAGCCGAGGACAGUUUUUAUGUGUACACCUUGGACUGGGGUUGUGACCCCAACGUGUUUCCGAUGAGGCACGGGUGUCUAGUCGGCAUCCAAAUUAUCCCCAUUACCGCCGUGUCUAGGUACUGGAUGGAUAAGGACUGGGCCAAACAUAUCCUGCAGUCAUGUGAUUGGGCGAUUAAUCCGUCACACGCGACUGACUACAGCCUCGCCAAUCCUAGCGACCUACGUGACUUAGUUACUGGUUGGAAAGCAUUCUGUUAUGCCGGAAUCGCGCCAUAUGACGAAUCUCAUAAAAUAGCGGCAGCCAACUACUUGAGGGACAAAUACCCACGUGACCUGGUGUCUGGGACAGGAGCGGCCAGUACUCUGCUAUUUAUAUACGAACGCACUUAAAAUUUUUAACAUGAUUUUGAUAGAACAAAUCAUUGAACUUUUGCACUAUUUUGAAGAAAAAAAUACAGUCUUUUUAUUAAUGCUUCCUUUAUUCAUUCAUGUAUACACAAUUUAAAACAAUUCAAACGGCACAAAAAUUCACUGUAACU